AUGUGGAGAUCAUGGGUCGAUCGCGUCAAUGCAGCCAGCCAAAGCACUUGGAAAGACAGCAGCUCUGAUGACCAAUCUACUCUCUCAUUAGAAACACAAAAGCGACGAGAACGGGAACGUGAUGAACUACGAACGCUAUUGGAAAAGACGCAAUCUCCCACCAACAAUGAACAGGAAAACGACAAUGUCUUUUUACAAGAGUUCUUGCCAAGAUUCUGUCAAGUGUGGGAAAACAACAAGGACGAUGUUGUAUUCACGGCUAUUGAUGAUGCACGAAGCUUCAUGGCAUGUUUGACACGGCUAUUGUUGGGUGGCAUACGACGCGUUCCUGAACAAAAGACCAAAGGCGAAUCCAGCAAAGCAUUGAUGGAUAGGCUGCGAUCGAAAUCACACAUGUAUCACAUCAUCCGCACUAUCCGUGUUGUGUCGCAUGGUCCGGACAUGCUGGUCGAUUUGAUGCUUCAACAACGAAUACCAUCCGUCAUCAUUAAGCUCUUCCGAUCCUUCAUCGAUUUACCACACGACUAUUAUCAACCCAACGACGAGAAUGAUUUGAUGUCGACCGAUGAUAUUGGCUCCUUGGUGACAGACACCCUCAAACAAUUCGCUCACAACAAAUCGGUUCUCCGUCGGCUCAUUGCUGAAGAUACAUUGUUCAUGAUGAUUCGCCUUGUCACCGUAAAACCCGCUGAAUGGCCGGCACAUUCAACUAUAGAGGGUGAACCAGCGUUCAUGGCUUGGAAACAUAGAGCCCUGGAGGUUCUCAAACAGAUCCCAAUGUCCUCUGAUGUCUGUCAUUAUAUGAAAUCAAGGAGGUGCCUUGAAAUGCUAGUCCAAGCAUGGGAAGAUUGCUUCGCAAGCAAGACUCGAUUGACAACCUUGGAUAUGUACGAGAUUCUCUCUGGCAUUGAUCUUCUCACUUAUCAAGUCGAGACAUCACUGCAAUCCGAUUACCACGUUCUAUAUGAUGAUUUGAAUCGAAGCAAUGCAUGGGAGGCUCUUUCAACAGUGCUUUUAGCAGAGUCUACGGAUGACAAUGUCACUGAGCUGAAGCUGAAACUCAACAAACACAUUGCAAGAUUGGUAUUCAUUGGGAGGAACGAUCAAUCACCCUGUUUACCGGAAGGCUUACCUUAUCAACAUGAAGAUUUCACUUUUCCCAAGGUGGAUCGAUCCAAAGAUGACUUGGUGAGGAACAUUCAUGCAUUUCAGCCAUUGUUAUCGGCGUUUACAUACCAAAGAUCAAAGAGGAAUUCUGGGUUGGAAUCGAGGGUCAAAAAGGUGCUUUCAGAGGACAUGCAAAGAGCUGUGUUUGAUCAAAUGAAGCAAAUCAUAUCAGCGGAGCCGAUCAACUAUUUCAUAUUGGAGCGGAUCAAUGCUGUGGUGUUACUUAUUGAGUCCAUGGAAUAUCAUGAUGAGGAGAUUCAGAAUGAAACCAUGGAUAUUCUUGUUUACAUUAUCCGGGACCUCAACUUCGUGCCUCUCAAGGAGCUUGCAGUGCUCUCUCUCUAUUUCCAAAGCUCUUCAUCAGGGAAGCUGAUAGGUCUCAUUUGCCGUCGAUUCGCCAGCUUGCUUCAGGAAUUUGAAAAGUUUCAGACGGUGGUGCGUGAAGCUGGUUUCCUCAACGUCCUCAGCAUCAUGCUCUCUGAUAUGACAGAUACCCUUACAACAAAACGCAACAAUGAUGAUGAGCCACAGCGACCAUUCACCCAACAAGCCUUGCAAAACUUUGAUGCUAUUGCAGAUUGCAUUGUGGAGAUGAUAAAAAACCCAGCAAAUAUGGCACUAUUCCAGAAGACCUAUCGUGGACAUCUCCUUGAAUUACUUCGAAUACCAGCAACACGAUCAGGCACAUUGCGUAUCAUUACAUGCUUCCCGACUUCGACCUCCUCGUACAGCGACUUGCUCUCAUCACCUUUAACACCAUCAGCAUCAGCAUUUCCAAUGGAAAUUGAUACCAUUUUUCCACGUCUUAUCGAAACAUUGCAAUCCAUUCCACGUGACAACAUCGACUUUCGAAUUGAUUUAUUGGAUGUCUUUCAACAAAUGUUUUCCAACCAUUCAUCCACACGCGACCUAUUUCGACAAUCAGGUGGAUAUGUGACCCUUAUUUCAAUGAUCGUUUCGCUGGAGAAUACCUUGAAUGACGCAACCCAUGAUGAUCUCUUUGACAAACGAGUCAAACUUUUGAUGAUGAUUUUCUCUGUUUUGGCAUCAUCCAUGCGAGACAAUGACACCAACAAGCAAUUUUUCCAUUCACAAGUUGGAUAUUCGGCUCUUGAGAAUUCACUUACUUUGACGGGCGCUUUGGAGGAAAAUGGAUUACCACGGCAGAUGUUUGGGGUGCUUUUUGCUUUUGCUAUCGAUGAUCAAAGAGCUUGCGACUUAUUUAUCACCAACGAUGGUCAUUCACUCGAACAAUCUCGCCAAAAGAUCGAGAAGCUUCUCAAGGACGUGUCUGUUACAGUCGACAACCCUGAAAUUAUGACGGCUAUUCUUCGUAUGCAAAGCACAGUAUCGUACGACAGCGACUUAUCGGAAGCUAUCCUCUAUGCAAUGUACAUGCUCGCGAGAAGCAAUCGACGCAACCAGAUCCGACUCAAUCACUCUGGUCUUAUGCUAGCAGCUUUGCAACGUGUCUUGCCUAAAGAAGUGGACCUGCUAUCACCUGCAAUGGAUAAGGAAAAGACGAUUUUAUUGGAUUUGGUCAAGAAGCUUAUGGUGAUGGGAGUACGAUUGGAUGAAUUACAUCUUAUCUUUCGUGGAUUGGGUACAUGUGGUCAUUUCCCGGUGCUGAAUGGACCUCUUGGUGAGAGCUUGAUGGAUCUUAUUCUCGAUGGUGUUACUCGUAGUCGAUGGCCCAACUUUAUUCAAUUUGACAUGACAUCAUCUGGACAUGCAUGCCUUGAAGUACCUGCAUUGGAAGAUUUUCCCGGGUCAUCUUCUGGAUAUACGUUUAUGGCUUGGUUUCACAUUGAUCGAUUUGACACGGAGGUGCCGUUGAUGUUUUGGACAUUAUUCGAUGCUGACAAGGCGGUAUUUCAGCUUACCAUUGAUCCCGUAUCCCGCAAAUUGCAAAUCCACCAACUCGGAGUGAAACAAACCAUCGAGUUUACAUCCUUCACCUUCCAACCUGGAUAUUGGUAUCAUAUGUCACUUGUACAUCAGCGCUCUCGACUUGGAAUCAACAUGAGCAGCAUUUCAUUGUACAUUAAUGGGGUUUGCAUGGAGCAGACACGAUGCCCCUAUCUAUCACAACCUAUGACAUCUACCGAUUUACGAGCCGUCCUUGGUACACCACGAGAAUUUGCAGCAACUCAUCAUCCGUGUACUUUGACUUGGGAUCUUGGUCCAGUUUAUUUGAUUGAAGAAGUACUUGAAAGUGAUGUACUAUGUCUCUUUUUCAACCUCGGUGCUCGUUAUCGAUCGUUGUUCCAAGAUAGUCUACGUCAAUUUCAAACAUACGAGGCAUCCACAGCGCUCUUUCUCAAUUUACGCAGCAUGACCAAAGCCUUCACUCGACGUGAUGUGGAUCACAGCGUAUUGGCGAGUGUGAUGCGAGGUGCAGGAACGGCGUCGAUACCUGAAGACAAGACGGCAAUGGCAUUCUUUGCAUGCAACAGCCUUGCUGAUAGCCAAUACAGUGGAUUGUGCAAAACAGGAUUGAGUGACGCUGCGACACAAUUGAUUGCUGGCAGUAUCAAACGGGCCAAAUUGAUCCUCAAUGCUUCUGUUCCAAAAAUUGAUGCGGCGUUGACAUUGCCUCGUAUUAUGGGAUACCUCGACGGUAACUUUGCUGUGGCACAUCCCUUUGGUGUUGACGAGUCUAUGUGGCGCAUUGGUGGCUGUGCUAUUCCCUUGAUGCUUGUUGAACGUUCAGAGACCCCACACAUGCUAUGCAAGGCGAUGAGGAUUUUGUGCGAGACGAUUCGUUACUCGUGGAGGAAUUCUGAAGAUAUGGAGCGAUGUCAUGGAUAUGAAGUGCUUGCAUACCUUCUCAAGCAAAAGCGUGACUUGUUGACGGUUGAAUUGCUCGAAUUACUUUUGAUCUUUAUUGGAAAGAACACGACCUAUCCAGAGGAAUCUAUCAUCAACAACCCGUUUGCAUAUCGCUAUCUGAUUUUGAACUUUGAGGUGUGGAAAAAGACAAGCCUUGAUGUCCAGCAAGCACAUUUGGAGCAAUUUCCUCUAUUCUUGCGCUCUAGCAACAGGCGACAAUUCAACAUGAAACGAUUACAAAAAUUCCAUUUGGUCAAACGCAUGUUGCUUGCUUUCAGAAUGCAUAUCUACUCAAAGGCUCUCACGCCCUACGUGGUCAAUGCGCUAAAGACGGUUACAUUAUGCAAUUGGAGCACCGAAAGCAUCCGUGCAAUAGCUACGUUCCUUGCAUCCACUGUAUCACAAGACUCCGAGCAUCCACAUCGUAGUGCUGAUUCACAAUCAUCCAAUAACGAGGACAAUGAAGAAGUGCAUGGGUUCAUUGUUGAUGCAUCAACUCGCAACCAGGUCUCCAAGACUGUCCAAAUGCGGAAUGUUGUUUUGGAAAUGCUGCAUGAUAUUUUGUGUGACACCAACAGCAAAGAACUCGUCAGCAAGUUUGCCAGCACAAUCACCAAUCGAUGGCCGCUACUCUUCUUUGGUCCACACCUACAUCCUUUCACUGUUGUAUUGGCGUCACGUAUCGUUUCACGUAUCCUCAUCAAUCAAGGUCCUACCUAUGUCCACAAAUUCCGCCAAACAUCAGAGGGAUUCACCAUCCUCACCAAACUUUUACCGCACUAUUGGCACCUGGUACAGCUUCAUCAAGUAUUGACGAUUACCAUGAUGGGUGCCGAUAUCUCCUUGUUUCCUUUGCACAAAACGUUCGACAUCGAAGACUUGAAGCUAUGCUUGCGCUCUGAUUCAAGCAAAUUUAUGAUCCCAGACUUAUUACCAAUCGUGAUUGGAUUAUUGAAAGAAGGCAUGGCAGAUGCACUUGUACGCACGCGAAAAGAUGCCGAAGAUGCAACAACAAAGGAUAUGAUUGGUAUCUUGGAUAAUCUUUUGCAUUACCUUCGAACGUUGUAUCAAGCUCGAGGAGAUUUCCGUGACAUGUGUAUUAAGCCAGAGGUCGUUGAUGCCAUCAUUGCUGUCAUUUAUCCUGCUGUUGCUUCCACGGAUCAGGUGCUGAGUGCCGCUGAUGAACUUGCUUUGGGAGAAGGAAUCUUUAGUCUGAUGAUGAGCGCAGAGGGUUUAUCAAUGGAGGAUCAGCUUCAAGCACGAGAGGAUGCGGCAUCAAGUAUCAUUCGCCGAGGAGGUACAUCUACGCUGAUGACAAAGACUUCGCCACAUACAAAUCGUAAACUAGGAGCAAUGAUCACCAAGCUGAGAACGUCGUCAGCACAACCUCUUGUACCUACGGAAGACAUGAUCAUGUUGAAAGACGAGGCGCUACAUGGGUUGCUCGAUUUUAUGGUUACGAUGAGUGUUCAUUCAAUCACCGACCCAAAUGACAAGAACCUAACAGCCCUGAACAAUAUCCUUGGCGGAUGUCCCGCGAGUACGCAAGAAUCUCAGAUCCGUUUCGAGAGCUUCCUUUUAAUCCACAUUUCUCAAAGCCUCAAAUCAACGCUACAGCUUGAUGAUCACUUGUUGGCCGAUAGCAAAGUAGUUGCCAAUGUUGCUCGCUUCUGCCAAAUGGCUGCCGAUUUGGUUUUACAAGGUCGAUUUACAAAUGGUGCCGAGCAGACCUAUGACCUCUUAGCAUCCAUCCUUGAACGGUUGAUUUCACCUGAAUUCUCUGGCAAGAGCAAGCCCAGCAAUCAAACGCUUCAAAUCCUCUAUCGUUCUUUUAAUCGGAUGAUUCUUCUCAAAAUCUCGGAUCUCGAGCAAGUGGACAUGCCCGCCGAGCAAAUUGUUGCGUUCCUCAACUAUUGUAUCCAUCAUCAAAAGAUCAUUCUCAGUGCACGGAACACCGACCUCGAAUUCUUGCGUUGUUUCUGUUAUCACUUGUAUCAAUUCUUGCUCGUGGACGACAAUACAGUAAAGAUUGAUGCUGCAAAUGUUUGGAAACUCUUGGUGUUGCAACGACCUGACAUUCUUGAAACCAUCUUCAAAGUACGCUUAAAAGGAGUCGAAUCAGAUGACAUCGUAGCUGGUUUCAGGGAGAUGAUUGAGAUGGAUACGACAUCAUUUUUCGUAUGGAUCGAAUCUCGCAAGCUUGAGCUGAACCAUCUUUUCAAAGAGCACAUUUUCAAGACAUGGGAGAACGCUGUACAACAGGAGAAUCGACAUGCACAAGAAAUGCUCAAAGAUCAUCAUAUGAAGAGGACGACCAAGCUGCGUCGAUUGCAAAAGCGUGAAAUGUAUGAGGAUGGAUUGAUGCGUGAAUAUGUUAUAAAGACGUCAGCAUGGUCGAGCAGUAUUCAGGGUGUGGAAAUGGGUCGUUUUACAAAGGCGCUACAAGACAAUGAUGGACACGACAACUUUAUUGUCAGCGAGUGGACACAUCUUGCAGGUGAAUUGCUUCGUGAACGUGGUCUUUGGGGUCCUGCAGCCAAACAGAAUGAGAGCAAAUGGCGCCUUGAUUACACCGAAGGUCCACAACGUAUGCGAAAGAAGAUACAGCGCAUCACUGAGGCUCAAACUCGACAAUACCUUCCAAAGCGUCCAAAGACUUCACCAUCUCACAACGGCAAAGCAUCAAAUGAGGCAACUGAUAUUGGUGCUGAUAAAGAUCCACAGCCGAAGCCUCUCAUUGAUGUUGAUGACGAUAUGAUGGGGAGCCCCGUUGCCGGCAAGCAAGAUAGACGUCCAUCAUUACCAAGUUCAAAUGGUGACCAAAGCUCAGAAGGUCAUGCCGAGGAAAGGAGGGAAGAGGAGGAAGAAAUCUCUUAUGACGAAGACAAGAAUCGUAAGGUGCUGCGUCUUUUGGAUUAUGGCGAUAUGGUCCUUGACGUUUACAAUGUCAGUCAAAUUGCUGGCUUAGAUGCUCGCGAGGGCUUGCUUCUACUUUGCAAACAAAACAUCUAUUUGAUUGACAACUUCUUCCAACGAGCUGAUGGCGAAGUCGUCGAGAUUUGGGACGUUCCAACUGAAGAGCGAGAUCAAUAUCUUAUCUUGCUUGCUAAAGCAGCUGGCAUGGAAACCGAGCCAAUGAUGGAUCAAUCAGGCGAUCUUCAUACCUCCAGGAAAUGGGCCAACAAUGACAUUAAAGAAGUAUACAAGAGACGCUUCUUGUUCAGAGAUGUUGCCCUUGAAAUUUUCUUUGGUGAUGGUCGUAAUGCCCUGAUCACGGUUGCUAAGGAGGAACGAGAUGAGCUUUACAGCAAGCUUGCUGGCCGAGUCACCCUUUUUGAAAGUUCAACUGAAUCGAUCAUUGGUGCUGCUGGUGAAAAGGAAAUGGCUGCAAACGUUUCUUCAUUUGGUGGAUCCUUCAAGCUAUCCAGUCUUUUCGGCAGCUCUACCCUGAAUGACCUUACCCAAAUGUGGCAGCAGCGGGAAAUUACCAACUUUCAAUAUCUGAUGUACUUGAAUGCGAUUGCUGGUCGUUCUUACAAUGACCUUACACAGUAUCCUGUAUUUCCUUGGGUGCUUGCCGAUUAUAAGAGUAAUGAGCUUGACUUUGACGAUCCAAAGACGUUCCGUGAUUUGACCAAGCCCAUGGGUGCACAGACCGAAGAAAGAAGAGCCGAAUUCGCUGACCGAUACAAGCAAUGGGGUGAAACGAAUAAUCCUGAACCAGCAUUCCAUUAUGGCACUCAUUACUCUUCGGCUAUGAUUGUAUGCUCAUUCUUGAUUCGAUUGGAGCCAUUCACGCAGCACUAUUUGAAACUUCAAGGCGGCACCUUUGAUCAUGCGGAUCGUCUCUUUGAUUCAAUUGGGAAGGCAUAUGAGUCUGCAUCAGAGAAAAACAUGGGUGAUGUGCGUGAGUUGAUCCCCGAGUUCUUUUACCUACCCGAAUUUCUGGAAAAUGUCAACAAGUUUGAUUUUGGUGCCAAACAAGGAACCGGUGAAACGAUUGAUUCUGUGCUCCUUCCACCUUGGGCAAAUGGUGAUCCUAAGAUCUUCAUCCAGCGCCAUAGAGAGGCAUUGGAAAGCGACUACGUGAGCGAGAACCUUUGUCACUGGAUUGAUCUCAUUUUCGGUUACAAGCAACAAGGACAAGCAGCAAUCGACUCGCUCAAUGUCUUCCAUCACGUUUCCUAUGAAGGUGCUGUUGACCUCGACGCAAUCACUGAUGUGGUCGAGAAAACGGCUACCAUUGGUAUUAUCAACAACUUCGGUCAAACCCCACGCCAAUUAUUCAAGAAACCACAUCCCACUCGUCUUUUAUCGAAUCAGCUGCCUGCAAGAUUCUCACCUUUGCAAGAUCAUUUGGAUAAAGUAAUACAGUCGAUUGUCCCUGUCAGAGACAUUAAACGUCAAGUUGGCGAGAUUGGUGUUUACAAUGAACGGCUAGGUGUCACAGCCUGUCAACAAUUAUUCAUGCCGCCUGAUGGUGCUCGUUACAUUGAAUGGGGCUUUUCAGAUAACAGCUUACGAUUGAUAUCCACCGAGACUGGAAAGCUUUUACACGUGUAUGAGAAUAUGCAUACAGGAUUUAUCAGCACGGCUUGUUUCCCUGAUGCCCGCACUCUUGUCACUGGUAGCACGGAUAGCACUAUUUGUAUGUGGAAAAUCAAAUUGGAGAAAACCACCGAGUUCUCGUUAGCCGAAUGUCUUCGUGGUCAUACUGGGGCUGUCACAUGCUUGGCUGCAUCUCGUCCUUAUAGUGUCAUUGUUUCUGGAUCAGAGGAUAAAACCGCCAUCAUUUGGGACUUGAAUCGAAGGGAAUACGUGCGUACUUUGGAUGGUCAUGACGGCCCUGUGGAUAAGAUUGUGGUGAAUGAUGCCACGGGUGACAUCAUCACGUGCUCUGGUAAUAUACUACGCGUAUGGACGAUCAAUGGUGAACUUUAUUUGUCCAAGGCCGUGUGUUCAAGCGCUGAUCCGAUUUUAUCUUGUGUGGUGUUUGAGAAUAAGACCAAUGAUUGGUAUAGUGACGAUCUAAUCGUUACUGGACACAGACGUGGUGUCAUCAAGUAUUGGUGCAAAAAUCUUGUCAAAGGGAAGGAUGAUCAAGAUCAAUGGGGACUAGUAUUGAAGCGACAAAUGCAGCAGCACGAUCAAGCUGAUGAUAGCGUAUCAGACAUUGUGGCACUUUCUUUUGCUGGGCCCAACAAACGAACGCUCUUGUCCGGAAACCAAUAUGGCGAGGUGUACGCCUAUGUACUUCCAGACACCACCGACAUGACUCACUACGUUAGGGAUGAUCGAUCCAAAGAUUGCAUGGGUUGUGGGCGUGCAUUUUCAGUUCUAGAACGCAAAAACAACUGCCGAUCUUGUGGAGGCUUGUUUUGCUCUGGAUGCAUGGCCAGUAAUACCCUUCAGAUUCAUGACCGACCCCCACUCAUACCCUAUCAUAAAAUGGUCAUCCAUCUUUUUUAUUUGUUGAUCCUGCUCUUCUUCUCAAGGACGACAUCAUCAGCAGCAGAAACAGAUAAAGUCAUCGUAGGAUAUUGGGGAGUGUGGGAUUCAAAGCCUCUUCCAAUCAAGUAUAUCCCAUGGUCCCAAAUCACCCAUAUCAACUUUGGAUUUGCCACUGUGAACAAAGACGUUGUUCCUGCACUUAAGAAUCAAGGCGCUCUGAACAAUUUGGUCAAAGAAGCUCAUGAGAACAAUGUCAAGGUGCUUCUCUCCAUUGGUGGAUGGUAUGGCAGCAAAAGGAUGGAUGAAAUGGUUUCUCUUGACAAGCAUAGAAAGACCUGCGUGGAUAAGGUGAAAGGAUGGUUACAUGAAUAUGAUCUUGAUGGCGUUGACAUCAUUGAUUGGAGAACAAGGUUGCCAUGCAAUCAAUCAUCAACCAUCACCAACACGACGACAGAGGACCAUCUCCUCCCCUUACUUGAACAACUUCGCAGGGCAUUAGGGAACGACAAGCUUUUGACACUGGGUGUAGGUGCGACGCCUUAUCCAUACAGCAACGUGAGCGAUUACCAGCAAGUGGUCGAUUGGAUCACAAUUAUGGCUCAUGACACACACGUUGGCCAACCAACAAUCGGUGCCAAUUCACCUCUCUACAACAAUGAUGCAUCAUCAAACAGUGCUUUGGAGGCGUGGAAUGCAUGGAUGGCCAUACCAAGUGAGCAACGUGUGUUGGGUGUACCAUUUUACGGCUAUGCAUCCAAGCCGAUCCGUAACAAGAAGGAUGGCGAUCUCGAAAAGCUCACUGGCCCUGCACAUUCGAUGAGACCUCCCGGCGAUGCUGAUGAUCCAAUGCUACCUGAUACGUGUAAACGUGGUUACUCUGGAUUAUGGAGAUGGCGGUCAUUACGCAAUACGGGUAUUCUAUUGGAUGAAUCAAGAGCUGGUAAACAUUGGACCAAACAUUGGGAUACAUCUUCACAGACUCCAUGGCUGUACAAUUCUCUUUCAAACGUUGUCAUCAGCUACGACGAUCCUCAAAGUGUCAAACUUAAAACCACAUUUGCAAUGUGUCAACAAGCGCGUGGCAUUGGUGUAUGGGACUUGGCAUAUGAUUAUUAUACUUCUGGUAACGGCCAACUGCUUACUGCUAUUCAUGAUGCGCUCAAUACUACUCAUCCAAAAUGCGAUUUGACGCUAAUACAUCCCGAUGCAGACCCUGUGGAGAGUGUUGGAACAUAUAGUCUACCCCGAUCAGUUGUCUUUGUAUUUCUAUAUGCCAUCCCCAUGAUGCUUUUUCAAUUAUAA